GUCUUUCUCCCUGCAUUACCUGUGUCCCUGAGCUCGUCGCCUUCUGCUCCUGCGCUCACGGCCACAGGGGCGGACGCAGAGGACCAGGCUUCGGGAAGGAGAGGUCGGGGACGGGGUCUGACGGAAGCUUCCCCUGAGGGGAGGAAGCUGAGGAAGAAUGGCCAGCUCUAAGUCUCAAGACAUGGUCUGUGGUUCAGUGACAUUUAGGGAUGUGGCUGUUGAAUUCUCUCAGGAGGAGUGGGCCUGCCUGGAUGCUCCUCAGAGGGUGUUAUACAGGGACAUGAUGUUGGAGAUCUACAGCCACCUCGUCACAGUGGUGGGAAGUUCGAUUUGCAAACCAGAUCUGAUCACCUUAUUGGAGCAGGAGAGAGAGCCCUGGAUGGUUGUGAAGGAAGAAACAGACAGGCCGAGCCCAGAUGUUGAGUCAUGUUUUGAAACUGAAAAUGUAUCUCCAGAGAAUCAUGUUUCUAAUAUAAAUCUGCACAAACGGAGUGUAAAGCAAUUUAGUAAAACUUUUGACCUCCAGGGCUCCACUUUUAGUAAUGGCUCCAAUGAUAGUAUAUUCGAGGGACUGCAGGGUUAUCAAGGAGAUGCUGAUCAAAAGAUUACCAACAAGGAAAAAAUGCCUACUCAUACCUGCCAGACUCCUCCUCACAAUGUAGAAAAAGCAUAUGAAUGUAAAGAGUGUGGGAAGUACUUUGGUUAUAGGGCAACUCUUAGUCAGCACCAGAGUAUUCAUACAGGAGAGAAGCCCUAUGAAUGUCAGGAAUGCAGGAAGGCCUUCAGACUCCCCCGACAACUUAUGGAACACCAGAAAUCUCACAGUGGUGAGAAACCUUUCAAAUGUGAUGAAUGUGGAAAGGCUUUUCAUCUUCCAGUCCUGCUUAAGUACCAUAAAACCGUUCAUACAGGUUUAAAACCAUUUGAAUGCCGGGAAUGUGGGAAGUCCUUCAAGCGAGCCUCCCACCUUGUUGAACACAGGACUGUUCAUGCAGAUGUGAAACCUUAUGAAUGUAACGAGUGUGGAAAAGCCUUUAAACAUCGUCAAAGCCUGGUGCAGCAUCAGAAAGUUCAUUCUGGUGAGAGACCCUUUCAGUGUAAGGAAUGUGGAAAGGCCUUCACUGUUCUGGCCCAACUCACUCGGCACCAGAAGAUCCAUACUGGAGAAAAGUCAUUUGAAUGUAAGGAAUGUGGCAAGAAAUUCAGUACUGGCUCAUACCUUGUUCAGCACCAGAGUAUUCAUACUGGUGAGAAACCCUUUGAAUGUACUGUAUGUGGGAAGGCUUUUAGGCUUCAGGCAUACCUUUCUGAGCAUCAGAAAACUCACAUUGAAGAGGAACCUUUCAAGUGUAACCUCUGUGGGUCAGCCUUCAGACGGAAAUACCAGCUUAAUGAACAUCGGAGUACUAUUCAUACUGAUGUGAGACCCUAUCAGUGCAAAGAAUGUGGCGUAUUCUUUCGUCGAAGGUCAAAUUUUACUGCACAUCAGAGUAUUCACAGUGGAAAGAAACCCUUUGAGUGUAAAGAAUGUGGGAAGUUCUUUAGACUUAAUAUACUUCUCAUUCGUCAUCAGAAAUCUCACAGUGGUGAGAGGACUUGUGAAUGUACAGAAUGUGGAAAGGCUUUUCACUUUCCCAGUCAGCUUAAUAAGCAUAAAAUUGUUCAUACAAGUAAAAAACCCUUUGAAUGUAAGGUAUGUGGGAAGUCCUUCAAGCGUACAUCUAUUCUCAUUCAACAUAAAACUAUUCAUUCUGGUGUGAGACCAUAUGAAUGUCAUGACUGUGGGAAAGCUUUUGUUCAUCGCUCAAACCUGUUUCAGCAUCGCAAACUUCAUUCUGGUGAGAAACCCUUUCAGUGUAAGGAAUGUGGAAAGGCCUUUGUUGUUCUGGCAAAUCUCACUCGGCACCAGAGCAUUCAUACUGGAGAGAAAUCAUUUAAAUGUGAGCAGUGUGGGUCAGCCUUCAGACUUAAGUCCCAACUCAAUAAACAUCAGAGGAUUCAUACUGAUUUGAAACUCUUUCAGUGUAAGGAAUGUGGGAAGAACUUUGUUCGUGGAACAGCUCUUAGAAUUCAUCAGAGAAUCCAUACUGGUGAGAAGCCUUUUCAGUGUAAGGAAUGUGGGGAAGCUUUUCAAUAUCAUUACCAAUUUCUUGGACAUUUUAGAAUUCAUAUUGGUAAGAAUCCUUAUGAAUGUAAAGAAUGUGGGAAGUAUUUUCCUUGUGGUAGAGACCUUAAAGUACAUCAAAGAAUUCACACUGGUGCAAAACCUUAACAAUGAUAAGAAUGUUGGAAGACCUUCAGUUGAAUAUGAAACUUGGUUUGACAUGCUAAAUUUAAUAUUAAUAAGAAAUUUUACAAUGUAAGGAAUGUAGAAAUGUGCUGCCUAUCAGAGAAUUCUUACUGGUGAGAAAUACUAUGAAUUUAAGUAAGGUGGGAAAAUGUUUAGAUUUAGUUCAGCCUUCAUUGUACAGUUGAAAAUUCAUACUGGUAAGAAAGCCAAUCAUGGAAAGAAUGUGGAACGACCUUCAGUUGGAACUCAGGACAUCUUCAGAUAAAAGAUAAAAGAAUCCAUGAUAGUGUCAAACACUGUGAAUGCAAGGGAUGUGGGAACAUUAAUAGAAUUAGCUCAGCUCUUAAAGCUUAUCAACAUGUUCAUAUAAGUCUGAAACCCUGUGAAUGUAAAGAAUCAGGUAAAGUCUUUGUUGUAAAUGAAAAUCCGCAAUUGCCAGGAGUCCUGUGAAUAUAAGGAAGGUGGAUAACCCUUUGUAUGAAAAUUUUACUGAACAUCAGAGAACUCAUAUUGGCAAUACUGUGCCUUAGAAGACUGUGGGAACUUUAAUCUGUCCUAGAAUUUGGUUAACAUGAGACUGAUCAUUUAAUGUUGAUCCAAGAAACCCUUUGCAAUGAGAAUGCGGGAAGUCGGGUAUUUUUAUAUUUUUAUAAAACUAUUUUGUUUCUCAGUUACUCUUUUAACUUGGCUAUCACACAAAUAAUUGAGACUCUUAUAUUUGUUUAAUAAUAAACUUCAAACAAAAUAA